AUGAGAAACACUAGGUUGAACAUCAUCUCUCAGCCCAACCAGGAAGCUGAUGCUGAUGCUAUUUCUAACACAAAACCUUUGGAGUUGCAGUUUCUUACGUCUUCCAUACAGAACAUCAAAGCUUUGAUAAACAAUCCUGGGAACGUUUCAGGAAAUGGGAAUGGAUCAUUUUAUCUUCAUAUCCAAAACGUCAACGUGCAUCACCCUGGGCAUACGGCACCAUCACGUCCACUGAGGCCUCCUUCUGCAUAUGGUCACAAAAGAGCUGUGUUAUUCGGAAUCAAUUACGGUAACACGGCGGCACCGAGGCUUAAAGGUUCUGUGAAUAAUGCUCAGUGCAUGAAAGACUUUUUGAUUAACAAGUUGGGUUUCCCUGGUGAUUCCAUUUGGAUGUUCACAGAUGAUUCAGAGGAGAAAACUGCAAUCCCAACAAAACACAACAUGCGAGUUGCCAUGAAGUGGUUGGUUGAGGAUUGCCAAGCAGGGGACUCCUUGGUGUUUUACUUCUCUGGGCAAGUAGCAAGGGUAAAAGAUCAUAACGGGGAUGAACUUGAUGGGUGUGAUGAAGCAAUCUGCCCUGUAGAUUAUGAAGACGAGGGGAAGAUUCGCGAUGAUGAAAUCAAUACCGCAAUUGUUAGGCCUCUACCUCAUGGUGCCAAACUUCAUGCCCUUGUUGAUGCAUCCUUUAGUGGGACAAUUCUUGACUUGCAAUUUGUGUACACAAAGAUGAACUGCAGGAUUGGUUAUUGGGGAUGGAAAGAUCAUAGACCACGUCGAGGUGAUUUCAAAGGCUCAAAAGGAGGUCUAGCAGUUUGCAUUUCAGCCUGUGGUGACAAUGCAAUUUCAGCAGACAAGUCGGCAUUGACUCAGACUUUCAUCCAAGCAAUGCAAGAUGCACCUAAAUUGACUUAUGGGAGCUUGUUGGAUGCCAUGCGUUCUACAAUCUAUUCGGCUAAAGCAGGAAAAUUUGUCAGGGACAUUUUGCAGCAGUAUGCUCAUGAGCCACAACUGUCUUCUUCUGAAAAGUUCAAUAUUCAUUCAAAGUUGAUUCUAAUGUGACAUAACUGCUAGUAGCACUGGUAAAAGGAAAUGGAUGCGAGUAGGUGAUGUUAAUCCUGUUGGCAGAAAAAACAAGUUGGGAGGGCUUAAUUCUACGUAUAUAUACAAGCUCAGGAUGUGGAGUAGCCAUAUCAAUUUUUCCCUAUCUAUCGAUUUAGACAUGAGUAAAAAUUGAAACAUUACUUUUGACAGGAAAUUGAAGAAUUUCUAUUUCUCAUUCA